UUUUGCUAAGCUCAUGUUGGGGGAAUUCUGGUCCUCCAAAAAAAAUCUCUAACAAUUUUCCCCCUUUGUUAAUUUCUUUACAUGCGAGGAUUGAACAGUCAAAGCCCAGAAAAAGGAAUUGAAACGAGAAUCAAUCACAGUAAGUGGACUUUUGGAAUCACAGAUUUCUUUUCUAGCUAAAAUUAACUAUAGCGAAGCGAAGCUACCGUUGCCUUCCCGUCCGGCAUUCAUUCAAUCGGGACUGAACGAAGAUUCUCCCGUUCUGCUUCUGCCUUCACAGAAUAAUACACACAGAGAAACUGAUUCCAAUCGUUCCCUUUCUCUUGCAUCCGCCGGAGGAAACCACAAUAUCCAAUCCAUAGUCGGAAUUUGCGCGUAUUCUAUGUAUUAAAGAAAGACAUCCAUCAAUACGGCACCGUUUUAGUUAGAAGAAGAGUUAUGUGGAGAAGGAAGAAGAUGAAGCAGCGCUUCACCUUGUGCUUCUCUUGUUAGAAUUUCAUGGCUUCCGCUUCUCAGCAUCGCUGCGUUUUUGUUGGCAAUAUACCAUAUGACGCUACUGAGGAGCAGCUCAUUGAUAUCUGCAGAGAGGUUGGGCCUGUAGUGUCUUUCAGGUUAGUCAUUGAUAGAGAAACUGGGAAACCAAAAGGUUAUGGGUUCUGUGAAUAUAAGGAUGAAGAGACAGCUCUAAGUGCUCGCCGUAAUCUCCAGGGUUAUGAGAUCAAUGGCAGGCAAUUACGGGUUGAUUUUGCUGAAAAUGACAAAAAUGCUGACAGAAAUCGAGAACAGGGUCGUGGGGGGCCUGGACUAGCUGCAACUGCUGACCCUCAGAAACAAGUAGGGGGUCCAGCAAUCCUUGGGGAAUCCGCUCAGCAUCAGCCGAUUGGUCUCCAUAUAGCUAUAACUGCUGCAACUGUCAUGGCAGGAACUUUAGGUGGUACUCAGACUGGCAUGCAGUCAAAUCAAAAUGGUUUACAGAGUCAGUCAGCAUUAGCCAGUGAUCCCUUAACUCUUCAUUUGGCCAGAAUGUCUAGGAGUCAAUUGAAUGAUAUCAUGUCAGAGCUGAAGGUAAUGGCCUCACAAAACAGGGAGCAAGCUCGCCAGCUAUUGCUUGCGAGACCACAGCUGCCAAAAGCUCUUUUUCAGGCACAAAUAAUGUUAGGAAUGGUGACACCACAAGUGUUGCAGAUGCCAAAUAUUCGGCAGCCUCCAGGUCAACCUGCUCUCCAUACCUUACAAGAUACUCAACAGGGUAAACAGUCAUCAAUCCAAACUCUUCCUGGGUUACCUCCACUUGCACAGAGGUCACAAUCUGGCUUGGUGUCCAAAAUGCAAGAAGGCCAAUUCUCUGUUUUGCCGCAAAAUUCUUUGCUUCAAAACCAAUUUUCCGCACCUCCACAGCCCAUGCAGCCUCGAACUCAGAUUCCACAACAUGCAAAUAGCAAUGUUCCUCAACAAUCCUCAUUACCAGGCCAGUCUGGAGUCCCACCACUUCUGCCUAUACACUCUAUUAGAACACAAACUCAGGUGGCGAAUUCCUCAUCUUUGAACAAACAAAUACCACCUUCGUUGCUACAACACUCGGGACAACGGGUUGGAACUGCAAAUUUUGGACAUACCUCUCAGAUGGUCCUUCCAAGUGCAUCAAUACAAUCAUCUGUUGCAUCUCAUCCUUCUGCAGAUGAUGCAUUCCAGCCUGGCCCCCCAAAAUCAUCAGGCAUUCCAGAUGCAACUGGAGCUGGUGUUGAUAGAUCUGUUCAUGCUCCUGACGAUACAGCUCCGGUCCACAGAAGUAAUGCAUUUUUAAACAUGCAAAGAAAUGUUGUUAAUGAUUCUAAAGAACCAAUUACUCGCCCUUCAAAGCUGGUAAAAUUGAAUGAUGGAAGGAGCAUGUCUAGCGUAUCAGGGACUUUGGGUGUGUCUAAUGCCAUUGUAUCAGGACCUUCCCAAGCAUUGGCAGUCAGUUCAGUUCCUGCAAAUCCACCUUCUAAGCCAGAAGAGUUGCAUCAUUCUGAGGAACAAGUUCCUCAGCUUCCACCAGAUGUGGAGUCUGCGUUACUUCAGCAAGUGCUGAACCUCACACCAGAGCAGUUGAAUUCACUGCCACCAGAACAGCGACAACAAGUUAUUCAGCUCCAACAAGCACUUCGGCGAGACCAACAGUCAUCAUAGCAAGCAUGACAGGGGGUCACACGGUAACUCUCUGACCAUUUAUUGCUUGACAUUGCAGGAUCCUUCCUAGUUGGAAGAAAAUUGCCUGCCAUUGAUUCAUCUAAUAUUCUACUCAUGUAAAAUGGCAGUUCACGUAAUAUCCAGUUCUGGAUGUGAAAUGCACAAGCAUUAUAUCAUCCUUGUAACAUUAAUUAGCUUGUGAUAAUCAUAUGUGAAAGAAUAAUUUAUUAGAAAAGGAAAAGAAAUUUUUGUAAACCUUAUUUAUCAGCGGCAGGAGUUUCAAAUUUUGUUUUUAUAACCUUCUUGUCUAUCUUGAACAUUUUCUCACUUCCAAGGAGUGGCUUUGCCAACUGGUGUCCUAGCUUAGCUUCACUUUGUAGUAUUUUGCUAAUGAGUAGAACUUCUCUAGUUGCUACUUUGAUUUAUAAUCUCUAUUUGUGCUGCCUGACUUCUGUUUUGUAAUUUUUUAUGUUUCAUAAAGAAAUAUUUUCAUGUUUAUCUGAUUA